AUGAGCAUCACCGGGAAAAUAUUCAUCUCUAUUAGUGCGGUUUACAACCGAUCGUUUACAAACAGAAGCCGUAAUGCAAAGUGACUAGUGGAAAUGGAUGUAGGAUAAUUCGAUUGUUGUGUUGUUCUUGUUCUUGUUAAAACGUCCGCUUUUCCCACGUGGAUUAUAUACCACUUAAAAUGUGCGUCUAAUAAAUGCAGGUUUAAUGUAUGCUUAACAGUGAACAAGAGCGCUUUAAUUUAAAGAGAUUGUUUUUAAUUAUUUGGUUUGUUUUAAUUGCAAAUGAUGUCAGCGGAUAUUGACAAUCAACCAUACGACAAUGUAGAGUUUCCGAUACGACGUCAAGACGGCACUUCCGUUGGUGGCGGCGGUGGAAGUCCGGCCGUCUGGGUGAACCCUUUCAUGACGGCGACGCAACGGGAGACCCUGGUGACAGGCGGUACCGCCACGAGGGAGCGCCCUGGUUUCUCCCUACCGCCGGUGGCUGAGGGCGGAGGACCGGAAGUGGACGAAGACGAUCUUGGAACGGAAAUCAGGGUGGAGGAUCCUCGACAAAGAGCUGCCGUUACACAGAUCAACGUUGUCUCGCCGACCAAUGCAAACAACUCUGCAUUGACGGUCAUAACGACGCCACCUCGAGCCUCCAACCACGUGAUUACACCUACCAAACAACAGAACGUAAACGGAAAUGACAAACGAACCAACCAUUCUCAGAAUUUACUGAAGCAGGCGUCCCCGAAACCGCCACCGUCCCCGUCACGUGAUAGUCACCAGUCCCUCGUCAUAGACCAAUCAAAACAAGAGGACUUCACCUGGGGCGCGUUUACGCCGAUGUCGCAAGAGGUCUUCGAGAACGCGCACACGCGCCACAAGUACUUUUAUAAGUUCAGCGACAAGGUUCUCAAACAGGGCACGAAAAUGAAAGUGGGAAUCUGGGACGCCCCCGGGAAGCCUUGCGAGACCAUGACGUAUGAGCAGCUUCUGCAAGGUGUGCUGUCGGAGGGGGAGCGGCUACUGCUGGGAGGCAGCUGGCUGUACUUCCGGGAUGUGGAGUUCCAGGAGGCAGGGACCGCCAGGCCAAUCAAGCCGCCGCUAGGCGAUGGUCGAAUAUGCCUUACUAACCGCCGAAUGUUGCUGAUGUGCGCAGAAAUGUCACCAGGCGCCAGUAUCUCCGAGUUUGGAGAACCUGCUCCCAGUACCAAGGGCGGCAGCGGCGGCUACAAGCUGACGGUGUCCAAAGUGAACCACGUGUUUUUCCAGAACAUUCCAAUCGACUGCUUCGAGAGCGUGGAACUAAGCUCCAGUGUCGGCGUCAUGGCCGAGAGCAAACUGUCUGAGCGGAAGCCGGCAUGCUGCGGGCUCUUCUCUUGCGUUGGGGUAGGAAGUUGCGGAUACACAUGGGAUGCAACUCCUCCGCUGUCGGUGAACAUAGUGAAGAGAGUUAUCCGCCUUGGCGUUUAUUUGCCCCCUUGGCGAACACCAGCUGUGCUGCUAGUGCAUCUGCACCCGAAGAUGUCGCUGACAGGAGCACGUGACUUCGUGGCGCAGCUGCAGAACCACGUGCCCCAGAUGCAAUACCGCGCGCGACAAGGGGCCACCGUGCUGUGAGUGCGCGGCCCAAAGGCUGGGUUCAAGAAAUGUGUGUACAUAACGACAUGCAAAGUUUUGAUCUGUAUAUGUACUAUAUUCUUUAUUUGUGAGUGUGCGUAUCUCAAAGCUUUUGAGGUCCUUCCUCUUCCUCGCCUGGUGCUUCACUGUGUGAGGAUCCGGAUUGUGUCCUAGCACUCCUUACUUAUUCACUGUUCUACACACGAAAGCUGGGACGCAUUAUUGAAUUAUAACUGCUAUGUUCUGUCAAGUGUUAUUUACUGAAAUAUAUUUUCAAUGUUGGUGUGGUCUUGUAAUGUGGGGGAAGCCCGUGUAUCCGGAGGAAACCCCACUUGUCCGGUAUGGUGACCACCAUUAAAACUCACAUACUUCCGGGAACGGGGAUUGAACCCGCGUCGCCUAGCUAAGAAGCGCGUGUACAAACUGUGCUUACCGGACAGCCGGAUAAUGUGUGUAUCAGAUUUGCUAAUUUGCGUUAACGAGUACUUUACUGUAAACGGGUUUACACUUACGAUAAUAUUCACGUAUGUAUUAGCUGUCUAAUUCUCCGAGGCAAUAUUCGAAACAAGUGGAACAAGUUUGAUUAAACGUACGAUGUUUACGGAAGACGCUUUCAGAUUAAAUACAUUGAAAUACAUACAAAAUACACUCUCCAAAUUGAUGAUAAUUUGUAAAUGUGCCGUGCUCUGGUGAAACGGGAUUUAACGCAUUAAGUGGCUUCCAGAUUCGCCUGUGAAGUCCGCACAGGUUAAUCAGGGACAAAACUAUUCGCUUUUAUUGUAUUUUUUCGAUUUAAGGAAGUAUCUUCUUUGCGAAAAGUGUUGUUCCUGACUACCCUGUGCGGACUGCACGGCCUAGUCUGGGAAGACUUUUAACGCACGUGUAUAAAAACCCGUUUGCCCAUUCACGAUCGCGGCUCAAAAUUAUCCUUGGUUACAUCCUACUUGUCAAUAAUGUAUCCAUUACAUAUUUGGAGACAAAUAUGAGGGUGCUAUAACAAAACGGGAUGAAUUAAUUAUAAAUUAUUUUAAUAAAAGUAUUAUUUUGUGCCCAUUGGGUUUUGUGUUUAAGAUGUGCUUACGAAGAUACGCAAAAUUGUGUAUGACCGUACAUUAUAUAUAUCUACAUGAAGUUCCAUUACUUCACAUGAACUGAAAUACAAUUUAAAUUAUUUGCUGUGAACCAGGUCAACUGUCGUAUCUGUAGAACGAUGGUGAUGGGUUGGUUGUAGGGGUGAGUACGGUGUGUCUUGCAGAGCAGAGUCCGGUUUCUGCUCAGAUCUGGCGCAUGUGUGUUGUGAAUGCUUGUAUGCAUGCACAUAUAGCAGUGUGUAAUGUUCGUGUGUAUAUUAUUUUGUUUAUUUGUAAUAUAUCGUAUUUUAUGUGCAAUAAACUCAGUAAAGAUU